AUGACAGUGUACCAAGUAGCCAUCAUCGGUGGUGGAGUAUCUGGUUGUGCAACUGCUUUGAGUCUGUGUAGAAACCUACCGGAGGUGUCAUGUUUAGUCAUUGACAACGCCAAUCCAUUGAUGUUCAAGAUAGGAGAGUCUUUACCGCCCGAAUCUGGCAGGAUUUUGCAGUAUCUUGACCCAUCGUUGACCGACUCGCUUUCUCGAAUGGUUAGUAGAGGAGAACAUACUGUGUGCACUGGGAAUGCAUCAGCAUGGUCGUCCCCGAUUCUUGAAGAACGACAUGCCAUUAUGAAUCCCUUUGGCCACGGUCUACAUCUAAAUCGCGCAGCUUUUGACGAGCUUCUGCGGAACUCUGUACGGGAUGUCGGGUCGCGUAAAAGGUCGGCGUCUGCGUUUACGAUAGCGACGUUUAAAGGUGUACGUAAAGGGUCUGAUGGCAUUUGGAACAUUGAAAUAGACGUAGAUGGAGAAAAAGAUCUGGUCAGAGCAGAAUGGGUCAUAGACGCAACUGGGCGGAAGGCUUCAGUGGCCACUAAGGUCGACAGCCGUAUCAACUCGCGUUCACCGUUGCUUGCGUUCUACGGGAUCUUUAUCUCUGAGAGCUAUGAAGAGGUCCAAGGAAAUGACAAUGAUAGACGAACCCUUAUUGAAGCCGCCAUCGAUGGAUGGUGGUAUAGUUCCCUUAUCUGCCACAACCCCUGUACCCGGAUUGUUGUUUUCCACACACUGCCAACACACCCAUCAGCUAAAUCAUCUCGACGUUCGGCUGGGUUUCUCGACCAACUUCAAGCGUCUUCGACGCAUAUCUCCGAUAUCAUCACAAAAUGGGACUACCGUUUACAAAAAGGAUACCCAUGCUGUACUGCAGCCGGAUCUUCCACUCUCGACAGAGCUUAUAACUCAAGUCAGCGCUGGGCAGCCGUUGGAGACGCAGCAAUGGCGUUCGAUCCUCUCUCAUCGCAAGGAAUGAUGACAGCGUUGGAAAUGGGCACGUACAUUGGCCUACAGCUUGCCCAGCGGCUCAGUAAGGAGAUUACGGAUGACGAAUUUGACCGGAACCUGGGAGAGACGUACGCGCAAGUUCAAGCUGAAUACGAGAAAAAUAGAACCUAUUAUUACUCCAUAGUAAAGCGGUUUUCAGAAGAAAUGUUCUGGAAAAAUGUUGUCGGCGAUACAGCUACCAAUUGA